GUUAAUUAUCUUCUUCCACACACUCCCCUGUCAGGUUGUGAUGGAGUGCGAAAGUGCACACCUCCCUCUGCCCUGAGGGGUGAAGCAAAUGAAGUUGUGUUGCCACACGAACACACACACACACGUUCUUCCUGGUUUGGCUUCAUGGCGAGUACACCCAACGAAGAGGCUUGGCAUGAAGCCAGCCCAACGACUGCCGCUGACAAUAAGAGCGGGCAAGCUGACGGCAAAAAAGCCGUUUCCAUCGGUGGUGACGAGUGGCUGAAAGGCAACGGUGAUUUCUACGUUACUUCCAAAUCUACUGUAACCAAUAAGCGUAUGGAGAUGUCAAAAACUACUACUGCCGUUGAAGACGUAAGUCAAUACAGUGACACAGGAAAACGACCAGCCGAUAGCAGUAUCCAGUACACCUCUAUGUCCGAGCGACAUACGGAGGAGCAUUUGUCUCCAGGCGACUACCCUUACCAGCGUCCGGUCGAUGGUGGUUCUGCCUGGGGCACCGCAGAGAACUCCGGAACCGGAACUGCUAUUCAUGUAGAGGUGCGUCCGCGUUAUCCCGCCGUGGAGGUUCCUAUUCACCGUGGCACUAUGUCCAAUGCGCAAUAUUCGUCAGUACAACGAGAGUCUACGCGUAAAUCCAAUCGUGGAAGUAACUUUAUUGUUGACACGCGGACAAUGCCGGGCGUUGUACCCAACGGCCCUGGUGGACUAGGUCGGCUGUGCGUCAAGGCGGUGACUCUCGUGUGA